AUGGCUGCUGACGACGGCGACCCCACCAAAUUCGCCGCGAUCUCCUCCUCCUCCUCCCCUCUUCUCUCCAAACCCUCCACGUCAGCUCUCGAUUCCCCGCGUCGAAGUAGCGAUCCCGAAUCCGACCCGACACAGUUCCUCCAGAUCUCUUACAACUUCGGUCCUAGACCUUUCAAAGACGUCGCUUUCCUCCUCCUCUUCGACCUCUUCGUCUUCUCCACCUUCGGCUUCGGCGUCUUCUCCGUCUUCCAUAGGAAUACUGAUUACGGCGACUCCUCUUCCUUCUCCUACGAUCUCGCCUCCACCUCUUGCCUCAAAGUCUCCACCUUUACGAGGUUUUCGAAUAGUUAUUGGUCGGAUCCGGUCUUUGAGAAGGAUUUGAUCUGGACCCUUGUUGUAACGCUAAUCUUAAGCGCGCCGUUUUGUUUUCUUGUCCUGCUUUUGCUCAAACACUACACUAAGCAGAUAGUUUACGCUUGUUUGCCUCUCUUUGUCCUGUUCCCGAUCUUCUUCAAUGUUUACUGGUUCGUCGCUUGUACUCUUAGCUCCUCUUGUAGCGACGCACUCCCUCUAGCUUACAGAGUCCUUCUCCUAGUGUUUGUUUUCUUGAUCGUGGGGGUCAUUGUCUGGAUCAUUGUAGCGAACUGGCAUAGAAUCGAGCUGACGAUUCAGAUCAUCGGUGUUGCGUCGGAUGCACUGUCUAAAAACUUGAAGCUUUUUGUUGUGUUGCCGUUGUUGAUCCUCGGGUUGGUUGUGUACUACGCGCCGAUUGUGGUGUUCUUGGUGUUUGCUAGGUUUAACGGCGAGUUUGUGCCGAGGGAGGUGGAUGGUGAUGAGUAUGUUUGUGAGUGGAAGGAAGAUUCGUGGGUUCCUGCUUACUACGCUCUUGCAAUCAUAACUAUGAUUUGGUCUCUUGCUGUAAUGGUGGAGAUGCAAGUGUAUGUUAUCAGUGGAGCUAUUGCUCAGUGGUAUUUCUCCAAGGAAGACUCAAUGCCUAAGAAAUGCAUACGGAGCUCUUUGAGGAACGCGUUUGGUCAAUCCUUUGGUACGAUAUGUCUCUCGGGGAUCCUCGUAGGGGUUGUUCGUGUUGUCCGAGCCAUUGUGGACAACGCGAGAGAAGAGAAUCCACAAGGGAUAGUGAACUUUGCUCUUCGUUGCUGUGCAAAUGCCUUGCUUGGAGCUUUUGACUAUCUCAACAAGUUCACCAUCAACUUUGCUGCGAUAACUGGCGAGUCUUAUUGCACCUCUGCCAAAAUGACUUACGAGCUGUUAAGACGGAACCUGCUCUCAGCUGUUUUUGUGGAAACUGUUUCCACUAGGAUCCUAACCGGAAUAGUUUUUGUCCUCUCAGCUGCUUAUGCGGUCGCGACAUGGGCUGUACUGAGAGGAGUGAGCAGCUUGGGUGUAGAUUCGUACUUGGUGGCUAUCUUGGCGUGGCUAUUACUGACAGUGGUCUUGGCUUUCUUUGUACAUGUUCUUGAUAAUGUGAUAGACACGAUCUAUGUAUGUUACGCGAUUGAUCGAGACAAGGGAGAUGUGUGUAAGCAGGAAGUUCACGAGGUGUAUGUUCACUUGCCUAUCAGCAGAAGCACAAGAUCUGCGCUCAUCCCAAAUGCUCUUAAUGCAUAGGAGAAGAUGAUCCCAAUGUCUCUGCUUGUUUUUGUUUUUUUUUUACAUUUGUUUUUCACCAUUGUAAAUUCCUGAGUAGAGUGGAUCUGGUGAAUUAUCGUUUGUAUUCCUGGGGAUUAUAUUUUGACGCUGUGGGAUAAUUUUGAAUAAAAACAGAGUUUUAGAAAUAAACAAGGCAUCGAUAUUCGGAUUGGUUA